CGCGGCUCCACGCUGGAAUCAAAUGAAUUUGAUCCACGUCGCCUUGCAUUUAAAUAAAGGUCUGCGCGCGUUGUAUCUCAAAUCUGACAUAGACUACUCACUACUUCUUAUUUUCAAAAUCACUACAUAUGAUGUAUUACUACUGUGUCUGAUCUCAGUCCUUGCGCCACCUCGUUUCAUUCAGUUUUUCAUUCGUAUAUGAGAAUCCACCUGGAUAUCAAACUCUUUUCCCAAUUAGACCCGCGAUGACCUCUCAUCCGCGCUCCUCCAGCGUCGAUCUGGACUCUCCCGAUCGCCCAUUCGAUAACAUUAUCAACUUUCGUGAUGUUGGACGUUCCAUUAACCGACUCAUGGGGAAAAAGGUCUUGAACGAAGGUGUUUUAUUUCGCAGCGCAAGGCUAGAUGAUGCCUCGGAAAGAGAUAAACGGCGUUUAGCAGAUGAACUUCAUAUAGCUACUGUUAUUGAUUUGAGGUCUACAACGGAACACCAAAUGGCAACCGCCAAACUCCAUGCCGAAACGGGAACUUCUGCUUCCCCUAAUAAUAAUAACACAGACCAUUUGUUUCAAUUGCCCCAUGUCCGCCGGCAAUUGAUUAGUCUGACCGGAAAAGCUUUCGAGCGAUCAUUGCUGUGGCGUUUGGAUUGGUGGAAUUUCUUCAAGGUCCUUGCUCUCGCGGCGUCCGGUUACCGUAAUGAUGCAGUGAUUAUUGUCGGGGAACAAGUCAUGUCGCCUCGGGGUCUGAUCGGAUUGGGUCUGGAUACCCUCGAUAGCAGCACGGCUGAGAUGAGGGAGAUUUUUGAGCUCUUCGCGUCGCAGAGGGACGGUGGGGACCGAACGUAUCCGGUGCUGGUGCAUUGUACCCAGGGAAAGGACCGUACGGGGCUCGUGAUUUUGAUGUUGCUGCUUUUGACGGGCGUUGUGAGUGACGAGGCUAUGACGGCGGAUUAUGUGCGUUCGGAACCGGAGUUGGUGGUUGAGGUGGAGGAGCGGAUGAAGGAAAUUCGGAAGUUGGGAUUGUCGGAGGACUAUACCAAGUGUCCGGAUGGGUUUACCUUGGAGAUUAAGAGGCAUCUCCAGGAGAGAUACGGGGGUGUGGAGGGGUAUUUGAGGUUUGUAGGGGUUGAGAAGAAGAGGUUGGAUGUGAUUCGAGAGGCCCUGGUUGCUUGAUCUCCCUGUGCUUUCUACUAGUCGGCUGGUGUUUGGCGUUGGUUGAUAUUGUUGUUGCAUGUAC